UUCUGCAGUUUCGGCAACCCAAUGAGUGUCUAGUGAUUUAAACCUCUAGCAAUCCCGCAUCCUUUAUAAAUUUCCAAAUAAUGAAACGAAAUCUCAAUUCUAAAGGACAAAACAGCGUGUUUGGACUAGGUGUAGUAGCCUCCAACUAUGACUGCGGAUAGCGUCGGCUGAUAAGCAUGGAUCACGUGCUGCGGGGAAAGCUACUAUCUGCUGGAAUCCAUCUUAUCUACUAGUGUUAGCGGCGUCAUCUUCCCUACCUCCAACUCAACUCCAGCUCGAACCCCCACACCGUCUGAAUUAUUCCCUUUCAGGUAUUUAAUUUUCCCUCUUACAGUCCUCCUUUGCGCCUCCUGCUUCAUAAAACACUUACCUCCCGGUCAUGCUGUGGCUGCCCAUACGGCCUGGUGUACCUCUCAGGGCGCACGGCCGUUCAGUUCUCCGCUAUCGGCGCGCACCGAGCUCACCUGUUCAUUUCCCUCGACUUGGCUUCACCAGCUGUUCUGCGUCUUUUCCGACGCUGUCCCAAUUCAACCGCUCGGAUUUUACAAACCAACCCUGGAGCGGUAGCUAUGAACCCGGAUUGCCGACUCCUGGGCCCUUGGGAUCUACGCCGGCCUUCGGAGCUCCCCGAGUGACACCGAAAACAUUGAAGCAGUACCUAGAUCAGUUUGUGGUUGGACAGGACCGCGCGAAGAAAAUACUCAGUGUUGCUGUAUAUAACCAUUAUCAACGCGUGCAAGAAUUGCAACGACGUGAUGAGGAAGCAGUCGAACUAUUAGCGAAGCGUGCGCGGCGUCAGUCUCACCCUGUAGAAGACGAAUUUCCAGGGCAACAACGUACUGCCCGCGCACCAUUUGACGCGAGCUUAUCAUCAUCCGCCUUAAACCAAACUGAGCUCACAGACUCGUCACCGACCCAAUUAGAGAAGUCAAACAUCCUUUUACUAGGGCCGUCCGGCGUUGGAAAGACUCUCAUGGCCAAAACAUUAGCCAGGGUACUGUCAGUGCCGUUUAGCAUUUCAGAUUGCACGCCAUUCACGCAAGCUGGGUACAUCGGAGAAGAUGCUGAGGUGUGUGUCCACAGGCUCCUAGCUGCAGCCAACUACGAUGUCGAACAGGCGGAGCGUGGCAUAAUUGUUUUAGAUGAGGUUGAUAAAAUCGCAGCCGCCAAAGUUAGUCAUGGCAAAGAUGUCGGCGGCGAAGGAGUUCAGCAGGCUCUUCUAAAGAUCAUCGAAGGUACAACAGUGCAAGUGCAAGCAAAACAGGAGAAGAACGCUCCUCGUGCUGGUGGAACCCCCAAUACAUAUCCAUCAAACAGCCCACUAGGAAACUCGGCGUAUGCGCCCUCCAAUGGCGGGGUCAUGCCGCAGAAAGGGGAGGUCUAUAACGUACGUACGGAUAACAUUCUGUUUAUUUUCUCCGGUGCUUUUGUCGGGUUACACAAGGUAGUCAUGGAUCGGAUAUCGCGCGGCUCCAUCGGCUUUGGCCAGCCUGUUCGGACGCCUUCAAGCUCAGAUGAGCGGUCAGGACAGUCCGCGGCCGCAAACAACCAGCCUAUUCCUAUAUUGCCAGGGUCAGAGGAAGAGGCUUUAUACAAGAAAUAUCUGCCCUUCUUCACUUCUGCGAGUCCUUAUUCUGCCGAUGGCGAGCCAACUUACUUCAACGCACUCGACCUAAUUAAUCCGACCGAUUUACAAAAUUAUGGGUUUAUUCCCGAAUUAGUUGGCCGCGUUCCAGUCACCGCUGCCCUCUCCGCAUUGUCGCAGCCCUUACUUGUUCGGAUCCUCACCGAACCCCGCAACUCCCUCCUAGCGCAGUACACAACCUUGUUCUCUCUAUCAGGUAUCGAGCUCCGCUUUACAACUCCCGCUCUGCAUAAAAUUGCCACCAAUGCCUUUACAAUGGGUACCGGUGCGCGCGCCCUUAGAACCGAAUUAGAAACCAUCCUUAGUGACGCCAUGUUUGAAACACCAGGUUCAAGCGUGAAAUUCGUCCUCAUAACCGAACCGGUAGCAAGUCGUCAAGAGAAACCCAUUUACCUGUCUCGUGGCCAAGGUGGGCGAUUUCACGCUAUGAUCGCGACGGAAGAGAGCCAGUGGGAAGAAAAGCAGCGGCGUGAGAAGAAAAUGAGAGGUCAAAAAGCUAAAGUACAGGAGAAUUCUACGAUCUCCAACUUCCGCGAUUACAGGACUCGCGCAGCAGGCCUUUAAUUGGCACCAAUUGCUAAUUUAGUUGGACACUGCGCAUCAAGUAUAUGACGUGCGUUGGUAGGCAGUCAACGAUGAUUUUUCUAGUAUACCAUGCUCUGUAAAUAUUUUAUGUGAUGUGAGGCGUUUUGCGAUGUCGGGUUCAGCCUGCUUCCUCAUGGUGAUUUUCACUCUGCCUUUGGUGUCG